CUAGUGCAACUUGGUUGGCUGUCACAAUUUUGCUAGCGAUGACGUCUGCGUUGGCCAUGGACAUUGGAAAACCGUUUGGUAGCGGCCUUUCAGCUGCGACUCUGCCAAACGUAGAAAUGGAGAUAUUCAACCACACUAUCGAUACCAAAGGAAGCUACGGAGUAAUGACCCAUUUCUGGGUGACUGGUCCUGCAGGAUCACUGUCGGUUGAUGAUGCGGUAUUCCGCUAUUACAUUGAUGGUGAGCAAACUGCAUCAAUAGAGUUCACUCCCAGUCUAGCAUGCGGAGUUGCAUUUGACAAUGAUGCUGCACCCUGGGGAACAGCCUGGUUUGGUAAAGGAUCCAAAUCUGGGGGAUGGUUUCACAAUUUUAGGCAAGGAAAACAUUAACAGUCCCAUCUUGUCAUUUCACUCACAGGACACACCAUCUUCCCUCAUUCUACAGAAUUCCCUUCCAGAACAAUGUCCGUGUGACUGCAUAUCAUCCAAAAGGAACCAUGAAGGCAUUUUUUGUGGUAGUGCGAGGUGUCGAAAACAUGCCUGUUGUUAUUGGUGGAAUUCAACUUCCGCCAACAGCUCGUAUGCGUCAGUUUAAAGCCGUCAACCAAACGGUUGACCCACUUCAGUAUGUUCCACUAGUCGACUUACACGAUGGCAAUGGACUGCAUUUCAUGUCACUACUAGCAGUGCAAAGUGACAGCUAUAAUUUUAUUGAGGGUUGUUUUCAUGUGUACACGCCUUACAACACAACAUUCCCUGGUUUGCUUCUCUCUACGGGAACAGAAGACUACUACAACUCUGCAUGGGGAUUCAGCGCAGGAACCUUUCAGAUGCCAACAGCAGGACUCACAUACAUCAGCAAGACUAAUCCAUACAAAAUUUCAGCCUACCGCUUCCAUGACAUGGAUCCACUGCCUUUUCAAGAUGGCUUUCGUUUGGUCUGGAGAAACGGUGAUGCUAUUGAUCCCAAAACAGGACACAAAUGCUUCAUUGAAACAGGAGGAAACACAGUCGGGCAUCCCACGAAGUCACUUGUCACAUUCUAUGCAUGGGUGUAUGUCUUCUAG